AUGCAGCCCUCGGGAGACCCUUCUGCCCCAGCUGGGAAGGGGGCUCUAGGGGGGCAUGUUGGGGGGCUGGUCCAUGAGCCCUACGACAGCUUCAUCCGCAGCCACCUGCGCCACUAUGGCUAUUUCCGAGCCCCUGGGGUGCUGGAGCCAGCCCCCUUGGUGCGACACGGCGUGUUCCUAGGGGAGCCCCGGGCUCUCCGCGCCCUCCCCUCGGCUCGGGGUCCCCUCCCUGCUCCCCACUGGCCCAUCGAGUGUGAAGUCAUCAAGGAGCACAUCGAGCACAUCGAGUGGGUCCCCCCUGAACCGGAGCCCUUCUGCCAGCCCACGGGUCCUGAGCAGGCCCCACCCACCCUCGGGGAGGAGACAGGCACCAUCGUCUACCACCUCCACCCAGCACCCGCAGGCUCCCGCUUCACCCGCGCACGGGUUGGGGGGGCCCCAGGCCCCCUCUCCUCACCAGCAGCCCCCUUGGAGGGUCCCCAGGACACCACACUGCUCUUUGAGUCCCGCUUUGAGAGCGGCAACCUGCAGAAAGCUGUCAAGGUGGGCCCCUACGAGUACGUGCUGUGGCUGCGGCCGGACCUCUACACCACCAGACACACCCAGUGGUUCUACUUCCGCGUCCAGAACACGCGGCGAGCCCCCCUGUACCGCUUCACCAUUGCCAACCUGGCCAAGCCCACCAGCCUCUACACCCAGGGGCUGCGCCCGCUGCUCUACUCCCAGCGUGACGCCCAGAGCCGCGGCAUCGGCUGGCGCCGCGUCGGCACCGACGUCCGCUACUACCGGGGGAGCGGGGACCCGGCAGCUCCGGCCUCUUUCCGCCUCUCCUGGACCUCGCAGUUCCCCCACGACGGUGACACGUGUUUCUUCGCCCACUCCUACCCCUACACCUACACCGACCUGCGGCGCUACCUGCGGGCGCUGGCAGGCGACCCGUCGCGCUCGCGGUUCUGUGCAGUGCGGGAACUGUGCCGUAGCCUGGCCGGGAACGCUGUCUACCUGCUGACCAUCACCAGUCCCGCCGGCGGCGCCGGGGCCAAGCGGGGGGUGGUGGCCACUGCCCGUGCCCACCCUGGGGAGAGCGGCGGCUCCUGGGCCAUGCGGGGCUUCCUGGACUUCCUGCUGGGCAGUCACCCCGACGCGCGGCUCCUGCGCCGGCUCUUCGUCUUCACCGUGGUGCCCAUGCUCAACCCCGACGGGGUGGUGGUGGGCAACUCCCGUUGUUCCCUGGCGGGACGUGAUCCCAACCGGGCCUACGGCACCGGGCUCCAGAGAACCUUCCCAGGAGUCUGGCACCUGCGGGAUGAAGUGGAGAGGGUGCUGGCAGAGCGGGAGGUGGUUUUGUACUGCGACUUCCAUGGGCACAGCCGGAAGAACAACGUCUUCAUGUACGGCUGCGACAGGGCCGGGGCCGGGCCGAGGCUGCACCAGCGCCUCUUCCCCUUCAUGCUGAGCAAAAACGCUCCUGACAAGUUCUGCUUCUCCAGCUGCAAGUUCAAGGUGCAGAAGAGCAAAGCAGGGACGGGCAGGGUGGUGAUGUGGCGCAUGGGCAUCUCCAACAGCUACACCCUGGAGGUGGCCUUUGGUGGCUCCACGCUGGGUGGGAGGAACUCACACUUCACCACGGAGGACAUCAAGUCCUUGGGUUACCUCCUCUGUGACACCCUGCUCGACUUUUGUGACCCCCAUCCCGCCAAGUUCCAGCAGUGCCUGUCGGAGGUGGAAGCGCUGCUGUGGCAGCGUCUGCGCUGGGAUCCGGGCUCUGGCGGCAGCUGGAGCGACGUGUCCCCCUCGGAGCUCGAGUCCAGCACCAGCGGCUCCGACAGCUCCGUGUCUGACGAGCCCCCGGGGAGCCCCCGGGGACAGGAGGGACGCGGCGGGAGGGGUGUCCGGCUGCAGGUGCCCCCAGCACUGCGCUGCCCGCCGGCACCGCGGGCACCACGGAGGAGGAAGCGGCUGCGGAGCCGGAGAGCCAGGAACGUCCAGCGCCGGAGCCCGCCCCCCCAGGCCGGACCGGGGUCCCCCAGGCCCCAGCAGCAGCCGCCAGCUCAGCCCGGAGCCAGCUCCAGCGGGGCCCUUCCCGGCACGGCUGGGGCCGGGGCUGGUCGCCGUGUCACCGCGGGGCGGGCUCGGCGGGAUGGCGGCACGAGGUCGGUGCCACCCCUUCGGCCGAGCACCCUCCGCCGCGGCACCGCCGGGGAUUCCUCCCGGGACAGGGCCCCGGGAGGCAGCACAAGCUCAUCCCGGCAGCGGAGCGUCCAGGCGGCGGCUGCCCGAGGGGCCCGGCCCCCCCUCCCCGGGCCCGGCAGGGCCUCGGCCCCCGCCGCCCCGCGCUGCCGCGCCUGCGCCCGGGAUCAAAGCCGCCCGGUGCCCCGCCGGUGCCGCCUGCUCCCCGCGCCGGGCCCGGGGCUGCCCCGCCCGCACGGCCGGGCCGCGGGCCCUGCGGGACCCGCUGGUGCCACAGGCCGCGAGGUCACUGUCGCCGCGACGACCCCUCGGGCCCCGUCCCGCCCCGGGCCCGCAGGCCGCGGCAGAGCCUCAGGCCCCGUUGCCAUGGCGACGCCUCAGGCCCUGUCCCCACGGUGUGUGUCCCCCCCCCGCCCGUUGCCCCGGUAA